UUUCCGCCGUCGACGUGACUUGGUCGUCGUGGACACGACGUGUGUCACUUUUUCGCGGUGGCAAGGCAAAGAGAGAUCCGCGAGUUUUCAUUAAACGGACGCGACGGCUGUGAAGCAGACGUGAAGUUAAGAAGAAAAAAUCGAGGCCGUCGAGGAGUCUAGACGCAUUUGCAAGUUGCAUAAAUAUUCGAAGUCUUAUGGUGUCGUUUAGGAAGAUAAUGUAUAUUAGUGUCAAAGCGUCUCGCUGCACUUGGACUCGGGAGAGAUAAGGUGUAAAACGAGAAGUUUAAAGUGAGACCUGUUAACGGCAGUUAUAACCAUGAUGCCAAGUUUACGGAAGAAAGUUGCCGGCUUCAUGCGCCAAUUAUCUAUCAGUAACUUGGCCGGAGCUGUGGAGAGUAUUGGUCAUGGAGAGCAGCCACUUAAAAGCCCUCAAUCAUUGACUCAGGACUUCUCUGGUGGCUGUUUCAUUACACGCUAUUUGAGUGGGCUAGAAACGAAACAAGAAGGACCACCGAUUCUGCAUGGCAGAAAUCCGGAAGAACUGCCUAUCAAACAACUCGACAACUUUCAAGAGAACGAAGAGAUAUUUACAGCCUACACUGGUCCCGAUAGUGGCCUUACGGCAGUUAAUCUUCAGCAAAAGCACUUAAGUAUUAGUGAUACCGAUAUUGAUUACAUUGACAUGCUAGAUCAGAAUGAGCAGUAUAGAAGCGGAUCAACGACGUCCAACGUUACGGUCGCCGGAGUCGCCGAUUGGUUUAAUCCCCACGAAAGCGCCUACGGAAUUGCAACGACUCUUUACGAGAAGAAUCCUACUAACGACACCAACAACGGGGAACCGAUAGCCGACUGCUUUGGCAUUGUAGCGCGACCGAACUCCGCCAUACUGGCUCUCGCGGACGGUGUCAAUUGGGGUACAAAAGCGAGUAUAGCUGCCAGAUCCGCGGUUCACGGGAGCAUAGAAUACCUGAACCGUGCGUUAUUUUGUCCAUCUAUCAAUAGCGAAACCACAACGACUAGGGACGUGUUCAUAGCGUUACUGCGAUCAUUCCAUGCCGCGCAUUCGUUGAUCCUUCAGGAACAAGGAAUGCUCACUACCUUAACAGUAUGCACAAUCCUUCCACUGCCAAGCUCAAGUACUGAUACAAAUAUAUGCCACAAAAAGUAUAUUGCCUGUACCUGCAAUGUUGGUGAUAGUCUGGCUUAUGUCUAUUCGAGGAAAUCUGGUGUGCGAGAAAUAACGCGAGGAUCUCACGAUAUUCAUUGCAUGCGAGAUAUGCGAGAUGCCUUAGGAGCCUUAGGCCCAGUAGACGGCUCUAAUCCGGAACUAAAUAACUUAACAUUGGCCAUAACGGAGGUAGAGAGAGGCGACAUAGUAUUUUUGACGAGUGACGGGAUCUCCGACAAUUUCGAUCCCGUGGUAGGGAAAUUUGCGGUUUUACCGAGUCACAGCAGUGGCGCCGACACCACGCUAAAGAGCCACGACGCGAGAUCGAAGACCCGCCGAAAAUCUGCGGAGAAUCUGCGCCACACCGAGUCCAGCAACAGUAAUGGCAAUAGCAACAACUUGCCAGUAGUCGAGGCUUAUCAGAGGCACGAGCUCACGUUGCUCAGGAUGGAGGACUUGUUGAGACGCGGUGUUUCAGGAGAGGGGCCGCCGUGCAAUAGUGCCAAGCACCUGUGUGAACUUCUUUUGGAUUUUGCAGUGCGCAUAACUGCGGCGAAAAGACGUAUCUUAGAAGACACGGAAUUAUAUUAUGCACAACAUAAAGACGGCCAAUUGAUACAGCUCUCCAAACAGGAGCAGAGAUCUCGACGAAAAAAGACAUUGGAGAAGAUUUCCAUGAUACCCGGUAAGUUAGACCACGCGACGGUCGUAGCGUACACAGUCGGAUCCUAAAUUUUGUCAAAGCGUAAUUUUUAAUAACUUCUCGAUGAUAUAAAAUAUAGUUUUUAUUUGUAUAAUAAUUAAUAUAAAUCGACUUUCUACAUUAUCAGAAAGCGUCGAUAACGCUAUGCUGUUCAAGUUUAACCGAGAUAUCGGUUUCACGUAUGACUUUGGAAUUCAAUGUGCUCAAUUUAAAAAAGAAACUAAAUUGAAAACUGGGAUAGUGCGUUAUCAACAGCUUCUGCAUAACAUUCUUACGUAGGGGAUAUUGAAUAAAAAGAAAAUUAUAUCUUUUACAAGUCGAGAUCACAGACUAUACUCAUCUCUGUAAGCGGCUAUAAUUUUAUAUAGAGUGAGGCGAAUCGCCCGCAAGUGUAUGUAAAAUGUACAAAUAUACGUUUCGUAGAUACGUGCCAUGUCUACGAAAAAAAAUA